AAAUUUUUCCCUUAUUUCCCUUCACAUACUACAUAAAUAAUGUAUUCAGAAAGUGAAGCAGCUCCAAAGCAUUGGAGUAUUCGACAAGCAAACAGUCGACUUCACGCAUACGGCUUACAAACGGCAUUGGAAAACGAUUUAAAUAGAAAAGUGCAAGAUGAGGAAAAAAAUGUACAUCACGGUUUAGCUAUACCACUUACAGAACUCAACUCAAGUUCUGAAGCCACGUUUGCAUCUGCAACAAACCCAUACCUUGCAGGUGCUUCCGAGAUUCAACAACCAAGUAGAACACCAGCUCAUCGUAGCCUGAGACAUAAAACAUAUGGCUUCCAAGAUCCCUUUGCCGUUGCACCCAUGGAGGCAUGGCAAGAAAUUAAAGAUUAUAAUCUAAGAGUUAAUGGAUUACCAACCCUCGAUCAAAUGAUGAGAUUACACACUUAUAGCCCCUUAACUCAGUCCAAUUUCGCUGCCUUUUUAAGAAGAAGAAACGUACAUCAAAAUCUAAAUUUCUUGAUGGAGCUUGAAACACAUGAUAAAUUAUGGAGAGCGUAUCUACAGAGUAUCGAUAGACAGAACCGACAAAGACUAUCGAGGUUUCUAGAAUCUGCAGCAGAAAAGGAACAAAACAAACAACCUAUGAGUCCGAUAGUAGCAACUCAUUCUUAUGUUGAAACACCCGAUACAGAUGACCUAUUGACACCGUUACCACCACAACCAACAACACCCAUCACACCAAACACACCAAGAUCAUUAAACGAUGGCUACGCUUCACGUAGUACAGAUAAAUCAUUAAAUAGACAUGAUCUCGUUCAAAAUGCCACUCGAAUCUAUAGAACUUAUUGUUCUCCAUUAAUGGAUGCCGCACAGACAAUUCAUUUACCUGACGAUCAUCGAAGAGCCCUGGAAGAGCUAAUUGAAAUAAAUGAAAGACCAGAGCCCAUCGUAUUUGAUUCAGCAAGAGCUCACGUAUUCGAAAUACUCAACGUAUUCUAUUAUCCAUUGUUUGUUGAUAGUGUACUUUAUAAAAAUAUCUCGAUUGGCUUCUCAAGAUUAUUACUCGCUUUCGGUAUAAUCAUCUUGACCUUGGCCCUUUCAAUAGAAUUUUCAUUGAUAUUCUUAGAUGCUGGUCAUUCAUGGUUGCCUUUGAUUCCCUUCUUUUUUGGUUGGACCAUGUUAAUUACCAGUCUAACUGAAUUCGCAUGGUUCUUUGGUAUAUUUAGCAUAUGUGAGAUACAGCUAUUUGUCUAUUCUGAUAUUCAGGAUGUCACGGUGAAAAAACUACAUCGUAAACGUGCAUGGCUCUGGUUAGCCGCCAUUAUUGUACUAUCUAUUGUGUCAACCCUCAUUUUUAUCUUCAUUCCAUCCCAUCGUUUAUAAUUUAAUUUACCAUCCAACAUUUAAUCUACUACUUGUACUUCAUAUUUAAUAAACAGCGGUUUCAUGGUGACAAAAAUAAAAAUAAAAAAGUAGGGAUAUCUGAUCAUAUAUGCCUGCAUAGAUACCA